AUGGCUAUGACCGACCUGUUCAACGCUGCCGAUAUCAAGAAGGCAGUGGAGGCCUUUUCAGCUCCAGGCUCCUUUAACCAUCAGAAAUUCUUUGUGAUGGUGGGGAUGAAAAAGAAGACUCCUGAAGAACUGAAGAAAAUCUAUGACUUCCUGGACAGAGAUCAAAGUGGAGUUCUUGAAGAGGAAGAAAUAAUCUCUCUUCUAAGGAACUUUUCCCCAGAGGGCAGAAUCCUGACUGCUGCUGAAACCAAGGCAAUGAUGGCCGCUGGGGAUAAAGAUGGAGAUGGCAAAAUAGGCAUUGAAGAUUUUCUGACCAUGAUGGCUGAAUUGUAA